UCUCUGUCGGCGAUUUUGAUUUGACACUUCACCAUCAGAUUCUGAGACUGCAGAAUUGUGCGUCAAAGUGCGAAGAGCAUCUGCGAGCACUUGAUAAAAGCGCUCGACAUAAUGCUGUUGUCCUGAGAGAGGUACUUGACGAUUGCAUCAGUUGAAGAUAAAUGGGAGCGUAAAACAGUUACGAGACCGGUCACGAUUAAUUUUGAAUCCCUUCGACGGCUACUCUUCACGAAAGAAGACAGGAAUUUCGCGAAAACUUGGUGGUCAGAAGGAAAGGAAUCUAGUGAUACAAAAUUGUGAUCUUGAACCAUGAAAACUGCAAACCGAGAAAAGAGACUUAGAAAUUUAUCAAGCAUGCCUACGUCCAAAGAAACAGAAGUUUUGUGGUCCGAUAUAGCCAGCCGUAUUUUGAUAAAUGUAGUUUCGCAUCCCAUCGAGUAUGCAAAGGUUUUGAUACAGGUUGGAUAUGAACCUAUUCCUCCGAAACCAACUGUAACAUUGUUUGGGAAACCAGCACUGAAACUUCCCAAUGCUUUCACAUACAUUAAAUACAUAAAGAGGAUAGACGGCUUCACGGGUUGUUACAGAGGCUUAGUGCCAAAACUGUGCUCCUACACAGUUAGCACAAUAGCAUACGAUAAAACUUUGGAAUACAUACAAUCAAAUACAAAUGCAGUGCAGAACAACGACAACGAAGACGAAGAGGAUGAGAGCGUGAGGCGUAAGAAAUGUAUGUAUGAGAUUAUACGAGAUGUAAUCAGUAGGGCAGUUGCAAUUGUAAUGAGCCAUCCUUUGGAAGUGGUCUCGUUACGAAUGAUGGCACAGUUUGUGGGCAGAGAAACAAAAUAUAGUGGUGUAUUCAGCUCGAUUCUGGAAAUCUAUAAGGAGAAUGGAAUUCUAGGAUAUUAUGCAGGAUUAAUACCGCGUCUUAUAGGAAGUGCAGCGGUUAUAGUGCUAGCUGGUAUCUCCACAUAUGCCAUAAAUACUUAUAUCAUACAGGAGCCAGCAAUGAAGACGUACACUGCAUCAACCAUGAAAUUCGUCGCUACUACUGUUAUGUAUCCUUUCCUGGUUGUGUCGCACUGCAUGAUCGUAAACGAUUGUGGAUUGGUAGCCGGUUUACCUCCACACAUGCCAAUUUACAAAAACUGGAUGCACUGUUGGUCCCAUCUAUCUUCUCACAACCAACUAAAGAGAGGCAGCAGCUUGUUGUGGCGUUACUACACGGGCCCGCAGAUGUUGUUAAACGGCAAGCUGAUACCGAUUAUGGGUGACAAUUUUUAUCAGCCCAGUCUUUAAUGAGUCAAGUAAGCCAAAUGAGUUAGAAGUCAAAGGAUUGUCAACUAAAUAGCUAUGUCUAACGUUUUAUUUAAACAGUAUACAUAUAGCCAUAACGAAAAAAUUCGAGGAAGACAUUCGGUGGCAAUGAAUUUUUAUAGGAGACCAUACAAGAGUUACGUGCAUUAGUGUUCUAAAAUCAGGUUCUACUCAAUAGAAUAAUAAAUUUCAGUGUAUAUUUGUAAUAAAUAUAUAUAAAAUUAUCACACGUACUGUUUCUGUUAAGACUUGCUGAUGAGUCGCACAAACCUGUGAACCAAACGUAAAUUUUAAUCUAAGACAAUUACUACAUCACGUUAUUGGCAGUAUCGUUAUGCGUUGUUAUUAAGAGAUUUAAUUUAUGAUGCAAGAUGUAUAUGUUUGUAUGUAGAAUGUUAGAUAUGAUAUUUCAUUUUUGUUAUUUAAUAAAAUUUUAUUAUAUAACAAAAAUUCACACAAAUUAACAUUAAAAAUAUAAAUAUUAAAAACUAAUAAUUUAAUAAUUAUAAUGUCAUCUUAAAACGUAUAUGUCAGACUUUUGUCUUUGUUAAUGUAGACAACAGAUUCUUGCGAUAGUUUUAUGUCUUUUCAAUGUUGUACUUGAAAUCAUGUGCACAGAAAAAAAGCAAACUAUUUAGAAUCGAUUAAUGCAAUUGCAAUUAAGAUACUACCAUAUUGUUAUAAAUAUUUCCGAGCAAAACCAAUAAUAAUCAUGGAUAAUUCUUUAAUAUAAUUUUUUAAUAAUAAUUAAAAUUAUUUUAUUAACGCAAUUUCUCAACUUGAUAUCACGCUAUCGGAUCAAUAAGCUGUAUAAUGUGUAUAAAAUAAAGAUAGAUAUGUUGGGA